CUCUCCCAAUCUCUCAAUCUAUGCUUAUAGUAGAUCUCUGCUACCGUGCACAGAGAGAACAUGCGGCAGUUGUGACGUCACUUUAAGUCUCAGACAUGCCCUUGUGCAUUCUGGGGAACAUUUAGAUGAGGUCUCACACUGUGUCUCCUUUAUGAGCAGACUAGCGGCACUUUUUAAGGAUUAGUUUUGGGUGCAUAGCUUAGCCUUGUAAGUUGAUCUAGACAAAGGCUUUUCACCGAGCCGAGAUUGAGUGGGCGGAUGAUGGAUGCACACAGCUGUCGCUACUGCUCCUCUGGGGUCAUCAGGAGCCUGAAUCAUCUCACUUGUCUUCACUUGGUGAGGUCUGUACGUGAUCCUGGGCCAUGAAGACACCUUCCAUAUUGUCACGUCUCCAGUGAGGUCUGCAGUCGGAGUGUCAGGCCAGCCUGGGCUGCAGUGGCUUCUAUGGGAGACUAAUGGACAGAAAAGGAACAGACCUGCUUAUUAUAGAGCUGUUAAGGCAUAUAAACCAAAAAUACUUCCUUUUAACAACCGUUUUAAAAGGGCCCUAAUUUCAUGCAUCUGGGAGCGAUUCUGCUGUACAUAUUGUCUAAAUCCACUGCUGUAGUUAAUUGUCUUUAUUUGUUUUGUGCCAUUAAUUACUGGCUACAGUUCACAUUUCAUUGAGCACAUAAAUUAAAUGAAUGUUGUUUUAGUCACGCUUCAUAAAUGCGCGUGUGUGUGAACGUGUACAUGUGUGUAUUUCUGCAUGUGUGUUAUGUGUGUGUGCUUGCCCAUGUGUGUGCAUGUGGGUUGUGCAUAUGUGUUGUGUGUGCAUGUGUGUGUGCGUGUGUGCAUGUGUGUUGUGUGUGUGCAUGUGUGUGUGUGUGUGUGCAUGUGUGUGUGUGUGCAUGUGUGUGUGUUUGUGCAUGUGUGUUGUGUGCCCGUGUGUGUGUUUGUGCAUGUGUGUUGUGUGCUCGUGUGUGUGUUUGUGGAUGUGUGUUGUGUGUGCGCAUGUGUGUGUGUUUGUGCAUGUGUGUUGUGUGCUCGUGUGUGUGUUUGUGCAUGUGUGUUUGUGCAUGUGUGUUGUGUGCUCAUGUGUGUGUGUGUGUGUGCAUUGUGUAUGUGCAUGUGUGUUGUGUUUAUGCAUGUGUGUUGUGUGCUUGUGUGCUCGUGUGUGUGUGUGUGUGUGCAUGUGUGUGUGCGUGAGCUGGGAUGAAGGCAGGCGGGGGGAACAGCCCCACCUCAUAGCGUUUAGAAGGUUGGCUGAUUCCAUGGAUGCUUUUAAUGGAGAAGAGCUGAAUGUGAAGCUGUCACAUGCUCCUGAUUUGGGUCAUUCGCUUUGUUCUAGGAGUGGAAAAAAAAUGUUGAUUUUAUGAUUAAUGAUAAAAAACCAUCCUGGUUUUGCCAAAUCAAUAUCAAUUCACCAAAUCCCAAGAUUAUUUAGUUAAUUUAUGCCUUUUCCCUAUGACUUAUGGAAGUAUUUGCUCUGAAUUUUACUUGUAUUGGUCCUCCUGUCAUAUAAGUGCCACUUCAUUCUAUCUCAUCUAUCAGAGGGUUGUAAUAGUAUUGCACAAUCGCCUGGCGCCGCCAUCUUGGUGCACUGUCAGGCAUGCUAACAGAGUACUCCAGCGUGUGCCCAGCUCGUGUUCGUCUGAGUGCCUGAUUUUUUUUAAGCGAAGUGUGAUGUCCUUCUUUCCCCCCUGUGAAGACAACGCUGAAUGGAGCACCUGGUUCAACGUAGACCAUCCCGGCGGCCGAGGUGACUACGAGCAACUGGACGCCAUCCGCUACUACUAUCGCGACCGGGUCUGUGAACGCCCCGUGGCCAUCGAGGCCCGCACUACCGACUGGGUCCCUGCCAGCAGUACUGGGGAGACAGUCCACACCGACCCAGUGCUGGGUUUCUGGUGCACCAACUCCGAGCAGCCGACUGGGCACAACUGCUCUAACUAUGCCGUCCGCUUUCUGUGCCCUCGGGGAGGGUUUGUACCUGUCGGCCUCAGCUCCUGGGGCCCUUGGUCAGACUGGAGUGACUGUUCAGCCCAGUGUGGCCAGGCAGGCGUACAGGUGCGCUCCAGGAGCUGCAAUUCUCACUCCCAACACUGGGAGCAGCAGUGCAAUGGGCCUGCAGUGGAAGGCAGAGCCUGUAAAGGACCAGCAUGUCCAGACGAUGUUCCAGCCUGCACCAUGCAGUGCAUCAUGGGACGUGUGAAUGCAGAAUGCGAUGCCUGCAUGUGUGAGGACCACCUCCUACUGGGCUCAGUCCGCAGUGCUGGCGGGCUCCCCGCUCCAGGGGCUGCCAUCCUAAGGGGGGGGCGGUACCCCAAGCUGCUUACCGUCACUGACCACAACGGGCACUUCCGCAUCCCUGGCGUGUGCCCAGAUGGUAACGGCACUCUGACGGUGCGCCUACAGAAGCACUCGCCGCUCACCGCUGUGGUGCCGCACAGCACAGAGCGCACGUCCGUGCUGCACGUCAGGCUGGAGCGAGCAGAGAAGCUGUACAUGGUGAAGCACCCAGAGCACAAAGCCCGCCGUCUGGGCCAGACGGCCGCAUUCUGCUGCAAGGUGUCCGGCUCUCUGGAGGUGCAGCGUUACCAGUGGUUCCACAACGGCAGCUUGUUGGACCAGAGGCAGCUGAAUUACGACAGCACCCUGGUACUAAGAAACCUGCAGAUGGACCAGGCCGGGGAGUACUACUGCAGAGCGAGCAAUGAGGGGGGGGGCAUCAAGUCCAAGGCAGCCACGCUUACCGUCAUAGGUACUGACGCACCCCCAUGUCACCCCAAACCCAAGUCCCACUUGAUCCGUCUGCCCCACGACUGCUACCAAAAUGCGAGCGAUUCUUUUUACUAUGACGUGGGGAAGUGUCCAGAGGCCACGUGUGUGGGGAAGCGGGACAAUGGCAUCCGUUGUAAGGACUCGGUACCGUACUGCUGUGGGAUCGCUAAGAUGGAAGAGAAGCAGAUAUCCUGCCAGGGGUACCAGCUGCCCAUCAUGGUGGCCAAGGAGUGCGGCUGCCGCAAGUGUGUGGACACCAAGGCCAUGGUGCGUGGCAGGGCAGUGGCGGCAGACAAUGGGGAGCCACUGAGGUUUGGACACAUCUUCAUGAACGGUGUCAGAGUCAGUCGCACGGGCUACAAGGGUACCUUCUCCAUCCCGGUCCCUCCAGACACUCAGAGGCUCGUGCUGACCUUUGUGGAUCACAUGCAGAAGUUUGUGAACACCACCAAGGUUCUGCCCUUCAACCAGAAAGGUGGGGCUGUGUACCAUGAGGUCAAGUUGCUGAGGAAGAAGGAGCCAGUGACUCUGAGUACGUCGAAGACCAGCACACUUCAGCUGGGAGAGGUGGAGGGUCAGGACCCCAUUGCAUACCUCCAAAUCCCACCCAAUUCUUUCUACCGAGAAAAUGGAGAGGUCUACACAGGCAAUGUGAAAGCCAGUGUCACAUUCCUGGACCCAAGAGAUAUCUCAACGGCAACUGCUGCACAGAGUGACCUCAACUUCAUUGAUGAAGAAGGCGAUAUGCUUCCUCUGAGAACCUAUGGGAUGUUUUCGCUGGACUUCCGCGAUGAGAAUGAGGAUAACCCUCUGAAUGCAGGUGAGGUGAAAGUGCUCCUGGACUCGGCCCAGGUGAAGAUACCCGAACACCGGCACUCUAUGAAGCUUUGGUCUCUGAAUCCUGAAACGAGCCUGUGGGAGGAGGAGGGGGACCUUCACAUUGAGAAGAAGCAGAGGGGAAAACGAGAAGAGCGGACUUUCCUCAUCGGUAACAUGGAGAUCAGGGAGAGGAGGCUGUUCAACCUUGAUGUUGCAGAAAACAGGAGGUGUUACAUGAAGGUACGAGCUUUCCGCAGUGAACGCUUCAUGCCCAGUGAGCAGGUAGAGGGUGUGGUGGUGACCCUAAUCAAUAUGGAGCCCACAGCAGGAUAUUCAUCCAACCCACGGGCCUGGGGCCGAUUUGACAGCGUCAUUACAGGGGCCAAUGGUGCAUGUCUGCCAGCUUUCUGUGACGAUCAGAAGGCGGACGCUUACUCCGCCUAUGUCUUGGCUAACAUGGGUGGGGAGGAGCUAGAGGCAGUCGCAUCCUCUCCUAAAUUCAACCCAAAUACCAUUGGAGUCCCCCAACCUUAUCUUGGCAAGCUCAACUACAAGAGAACAGACCAUGAUGACCCAAGGGUGAAGAAGACGGCGUUUAGUAUCAAUGUGGCCAAGCCAAGUCCCAAUGUGGCUGAUGAGGGCAAUGGGCCAAUUUAUGCCUUCGACAACUUGAAAGAGUGUGAAGAAGCCCCCUUCAGCUCGGGACACUUCCGCUUCUACAGGGUGGAGGGGGAUCGGUACGACUACAACACGGUGCCUUUCAACGAGGACGAUCCCAUGAGCUGGACAGAGGAUUACCUCAGCUGGUGGCCUAAGCCAAUGGAGUACCGUGCCUGCUACAUCAAGGUCAAGAUAAACGGUCCCCAUGAGAUCAAUGUGCGCUCACGUAACAUGGGUGGCACCCACCCUCGCACCGUGGGCCAACUGUAUGGCAUCCGAGAUACACGCAGCAUCCGGGACAUGGACAAAACUACCGUUUCCGCCGUGUGCGUGGAGUUCAAGUGCAGCGGGAUGCUGUAUGACCAGGACCGUGUGGACCGGACCCUGGUGAAGAUCAUGGCCCAAGGUAGCUGCAAACGUGACAGCGUAACACCCAUGCUACAAGAGUACCUGGUCAACCACCUGCCGCUGGCUGUAAACAAUGACACCAGUGAGUUCACCAUGCUGGCGCCCCUAGACCCCCUGGGCCACAACUAUGGCAUCUACACCGUGACGGAUCAGGACCCGCGCACGGCCAAGGAGAUUGCGCUCGGCCGCUGCUUCGACGGGACCUCGGAUGGCGCCUCCCGAGUCAUGAAAACUGACGAAGGCGUCGCUCUCACUUUCACCUGCACCGACAAGGAAGUAACCCGACAGAGUGUCUUCCAGGCUCUCCAGAACGUUCCAGGGCCAUCAGUGGUGAGCGCCGCAGGGGAGGGCCGGCCGAACAGGAGGCAGAGGGGCAGUACGGGCGCACUGCGUAGCAGCCGCCGACGUAGUGUCCAGAACUCGCCCGCCAGACGGGGUAGGCCUGCCCGCUGAGUUCUGCAGGGCGGGCAGCAGCUCGUCACACCACGGGCACAAUGAACACCCCUAGGAAAACCUGCUGCCAGGUUUGUUGUGCGCAUUUUAAGAGUUCCUCGUGGGGUGUUUUUUUCCCUGUUUAAUAUGUAACUGUUAGAUAUUUAAUAGCAGGUAUACUGUGAUAAAUAUGUACUACUUGAAACUGUAAAUAAUGGGAUAUUUAUUACACUGAGCAGGAAUCGAGUGUUUGUAUUCUGGACAAAUCCCUACUAAAAUGACACGUUUACAUAAUUA